AUGUUGGCCAGUAACAUUUUACUCAACGACAUCGCCAUCACCGCUCUGCCUCCUGUGACCACUCGGCAGCCAGGAACAGAGUGGACAUCUCCGUCACUGAUUGACCCCCACAGGGGCUACGGUUUGAGGACCAUCACAUUAACUUACGUGCUCACCCUUUUACUGCUGGCGUCGUUCAUCUCACAGUCGUGGAGCGCGCCAAAGGGCUCUUUCCAGCGGAGAAACUGGACCCCGCAGGCUAUGCUGUACCUCAAAGGCACUCAGGGACGCAGGUUCAUCUCAGAGGACCGAAAAGAAGGAGAUGUCUAUGACACAUUACACUUAGAGACCCGCAGUCAGAACACAGAGAAGCUGAGCGUGGACCAGGCAGCCACUGUCCUGCUGAACUUCCUGCAGCAAGCCAGAGAGGGAGCCGAUGAAAACCCAGACGAGGUGUAUUUCCAGGAGCUGCCGGUGUGGAAGAGAGAAUAUUUCUGAUCGUCUUUCAUACAUUUGUAAAGCUGCUGGACAACAUCGUCAUUGUUUUCAAAUGUAAGGUUCUAUGUGAGGGAGAGG